GGCGUGUUCUCGCCCGCAGCCAACAUGGCGGGCGGAAGCCGCGCUGUGGCGGUAUUAAGCCUGCGCCCAAGAUGGCCGCGGUCACCAUGAGGCUGCCGCAGGUCCGCGGGCCCCUGGGGGCGAGCGCGCCCCGCGGCGCCGAGAAGCACCUGGUGGCACCGGGGGACACCAUCACCACGGACACGGGAUACAUGAGGGGCCACGGCACGUAUGUGGAGGACGACAAGCUCAUCGCCUCGGUGGCCGGCGUGGUGGAGAGGGUGAACAAGCUGGUGUGUGUGAGGGCGCUGAAGGCCAGGUACAACGGCGAGGUCGGCGACAUCGUGGUCGGCAGGAUUACGGAGGUUCAGCAGAAGCGAUGGAAAGUGGAAACAAAUUCCAGGCUGGAUUCAGUCCUGUUGCUGUCGUCUAUAAACUUACCUGGAGGGGAACUGAGAAGAAGGUCAGCAGAAGAUGAGCUUGCCAUGAGGGAUUACCUGCAGGAAGGGGACCUCAUCAGUGCAGAGGUCCAGUCUAUAUUUUCUGAUGGGGCUGUAUCACUGCACACCCGGAGCCUGAAAUACGGAAAGCUUGCCCAGGGUGUGCUGGUUCAGGUCUCUCCCUCCCUCGUGAAACGCCAGAAGACUCACUUCCAUGACCUGCCCUGUGGUGCUUCCGUGAUCCUUGGCAACAACGGCUUCAUCUGGAUCUACCCAACCCCGGAGCAGAAGGAGGAAGAGGCCGGGGGCUUCACCACCAACUUGGAGCCAGUUCCCUUGUCUGACCGGGAGGUGAUCUCACGGCUCCGAAACUGCAUCGUGGCUCUGGUUACUCACAAGAUGAUGCUCUUUGACACCAGCAUCCUGUAUUGCUAUGAAGCAUCCCUUCCUCAUCAGAUCAAGGACAUUCUCAAACCAGAGGUGAUGGAGGAGAUCAUUCUGGAAGCUCGACAGAGGUUGCUGGAUUUGGAGGGAUAGGGCACAUGGCCAGAAGCAGUCAUUUGAAAUCCCAGCAUGGCAGCUUUUGAUUCUCAGUAUUAUAUAUUCUUUUCAGUGUUCCAGUCCCCAACAUUCAUUCCACACUUCAGAAAUCACCAAAAUUCCUCAUUCCUAGGAUAUCUCCUGAGUCCUUUUAGUACAAUAGGACAAAGUAGUACUUAAGUCCAAUAGCCUUUUAGUGCAGCAGCCUGAAAAAUUGAUAGCUGACCUUUAUAAAGAUGCAGAUGCAACUGGGACAUGUCUCCUUGCACCUGUUGCUGUGUCUAGUGCCCCAUAAAUUUGUGCAGAAUGAGAGAGGAAGGGAUGUGUUUUGUGAUGUUUCUCUCUCCCCAAAAGAUGGUUUGGAUUUUAAUUUACUGUAAGACAGAUCUGCCAGUCUGUCCUGUGACAGAGCCCUUGUUUUUAAGGCUGUAGAUCCAAGCACGUGUUUAGAGAACAGGAGUAUCCACACCCUUGCUAACCACAAUUUGAGUCUGGCUGUUCAUGGCUUUUUCUCAGGGAUAUGAGAGGGGAUGUGACUGUUGCUGUCCAGAUGAGCCAGGAGCCAUGGACAAGCUGUGUCCUAGUUUGUGUACAUCCUGCUGGUCUCUUUUUUUUUAAUGCCUGAUGUGGUGAGCUUCUCUUCUCAGGAGGCACCAGAAUUGUUUUGUAUUAAAUAUUUUACAUUUCAAUAAAUUUUUUUGAAACAAA